AUUAAUCUACAUUACAACAAUUUUCUUAUUCGAUAAAUAAAAAUUGCAACCUAAUUCUAAAUCGUAAAAGCAGUACCCAUCUUCAGUUCUAGAACAUGAAACGACUCAGUUUAUUAAUUGGCAUUAUUCUCCUGGUACCACCUUCCAGUUCUACCCUUCAAGCCCAAAACAAUGUGGCCCGCAUUAUCGGGGGAUCAGAAGCACGACCAGGACAAUUUCCUUCAGCUGCUGCCAUCUACGCAACCAAAGAAGAUGGUACUUAUUUCUGCGUAGGCGCUCUAGCUAAUCCCCAGCACGUCCUCACAGCAGCACAUUGUGUGAUAUCUACUAUCAACUGUCAGGUGAUUUUAGGAUCCACCACUUUGCAAGGCAGCGACCCAAAUCGCCUAGUUUUGUCAACCAAUUACCGUUCUAUACACCCAUAUUACAACCCAGAGACUCUUGAGAACGAUAUUGCUCUUCUCAUGUUCCAUCUUCCUAUAACUCUGACAGAUUAUAUUCAACCCAUUAAUCUACCAACUGAAAGGGACGAAUUAUUCGCAAAUACAGAGACAGUGGCCAUUGGUUGGGGUCAAAUCAGUGAUGAUACCGCUGGUCUUACCAACCACCUAAAUUACGUCACUGUUAGUACCAUAUCCAACGCUGAGUGCCAAAUUAGUUUCGGUGAUGUAAUAGUCAACAAUAUGGUGUGUGCUGUGGGAAAUUACAACGAAGGAGCGUGCAUUGGAGACAGUGGUGGUCCUUUAAUAGCGGAGAUAAACAACACCCAGUACGUUGUAGGUGUUUCCAGUUUUAUAAGUACCCGUGGUUGCGAAACCACAGAUCCCACUGGAUAUACAAGAACGUCGCCUUAUUACAGCUGGAUUGUGAUGAAUCUGGAUACAGCUUAAACUUUGUUUUAUUAAUUAAAAAGACAAGUACAACUUUAUUUUAUUUGUA